AUGAGUAUCCGCUUUGUGGCAUUUGUACUAUUGCCAAUCGUCGUGGCUGCUUUUAGUGUGAACUCUACGAAUGCGAUGGAGGGCGAACUUCGACUUUAUAAGGAGCCGAGUUUCAAGAGACUUCGGUUGCUCGUCAAGAUUUCGGAGGGAAAUCUCUGCUAUGACAUGGCGUGUGAUGGUGUCGGCAAUGUUAUCUCGUCGGCUAGAUGGACAGGGCUUCCAACUACGGGGUCAGCGUUCACCGAUGGUCACGUGAAAAUCGCCUUCUACGAUGGUAAAAACUGCACCGGUAAAGCAACGGUGCUGAACACGAACGUUGGGGAAAUCUCAAACUUCGCGCAGUCCGGCAUGGACAACGCCACCACGUCUAUCGCGGUGCUUGAAACGUCGAACAAGAUGCAACACGCAACGAAGAAUCUCUGCCAGUGGUAA